GCGGCUGGAUCCAUCAGACGACACCGACGGCGGCGUCGACAUGAUCAACACCGACGGCGGCGCCGACCUGAUCAGCCGUCUCUGCGACGACGUGCUCCUCCGCAUCCUCCGCCUCCUGCCCAACGCCGAGGACGUGGUACGCACGGGCGCGCUCUCGCGGCGGUGGCGCCACCUGUGGAGGAGAGCGCCCGUCCUCCACUUCCGCGACAGGGCAGGAGGCGACUCCGGACGGUUCGUCUCCUUUGUCGACGGCGUCCUCGCCCGGCGCGACGACGCCGUCAUCGAGCAUCUGGCGAUCUCCUCUUCUGUCUUCUCCGACGUCGUCGACUUUCUUUUCGACGACACCGCCACCGCCGCCGUCAAUGGGUGGAUCCGGUACGGUAUGCAGCGAGUGGCUAAAUCUUUCGCCUUGACAUUACAACCGGCGACCAUGGCUAUGGCAAUUCUCGACGUGCUGGCAGUGCUGCCGGGCUCGGCAAGGUUGGAGACGGUGAGCCUGGACAUGGGGCGCGCCUAUCUGUUCGGGCUCCCCUCCGCCGCCGCGCCAUUGUUCGGUUCGCUCACCGAUCUUGCGCUGGCGAAUGUACAUGUCGGGGACGUCGGUGGAGACCUCCUCCGCCGCCUCUUCUCGCCGGCGUGCUGCCCGCGGCUGAAGAAGCUACGCCUGCAUAGGAUAUCGGGCGCGCCGGAGAAGCUGGUGGUCGACUCCGGCGAGCUCUUGGAGCUGUCGAUGAGUUGGAUCGUGCGCGAGGAGCAGGAACAUCAGCUGCCGCAGCUGGAGAUCAAGAUCGAGACUCCUAGGCUGCGUGUCCUCCGCAUAAAUCACAUAUACUCCAUAUCCAAGCUGAUGAUCUCGGCGCCACGGACGGAGGAGCUCAAGCUCACGUUUCUCAGCAUGUUUGCUUACGAGGUCGACGCCGGCGAGAUGCCAUGCGUGCGGGAGCUCAACGAUGUCGUGCUGCACCUCUUGCGACUACCACAGGAACCAUCACUGAUAGUACAUGAACACCCAAGUAGCAUUUUCCGAUGCUGCAAAUUUCUCAGGCGUCUCCAGCUGCGCUUGCAUCUUUAUGAGGGGAAAGAAUACAACGAAGACACAAUUGUUGACAUGAUGACAGAUAUACCACAGCUUCAACAUCUUACAUAUUUAUCGGUACAAUUUAGUGGACCGAUUGAGUGUGGUCUUGUCGCCAUUACAGCACAUCUCCUUUCACAGUGCAAAUUUCUCAAGCAUCUUGAGCUUGACAUCCGACGUUGUAGGCCGGGUGGUCCUGAAAUCCCACUGUCAGAGUCAGAGAAUGGUCAUGGUAUCAUCUUGUUAGAGAAUCUCCAGGAGAUAAGCAUCACUAACAUUCAUCUACGAGAUUAUGAAGUCAGGCUCCUGAAGUUCUUGCAUGCAAGCUCACCGGCUCUAGAGAAGAUGAAAGUAACUUUCCUCUAUGUAGAUUGUGAAAAGUUGGAGUCGUUGGGUAUGAAAACAUGCGAAGAAUUUCUACUUAGCAUUGCCAACCCUAAGGAAGGGAAAUGUGUACUCUGCAACAGUAGUCGCUGGAUGUCGUCGUAUGAGUGGAUGCCUGUAAGCAAGUAGAGAUACCAUGUUUAGUAGUCGAGCAAUUUUACCAUCCUUGAGAAGUAGGAAGGUACUAGAAUAUAUCACUGUUAGAUCUAGAGUGUUCUAAAUUUAUUUUAUAUAGAAAAAGUGUUCUAAAUUUUAUAUAGAAAGAGUGUUCUAAAUUUUAUAUAGAAACAGUGGUACCUCUUCAAGAAUGGAAAAAAUGCUCUUAGUAGUCAGUGUCUACGAGGUAUUUCAUGGUCACGUUAUAAGUUACUUUAGUUUUAUAUAUAAUACUAAGUCAAAUAUUUUAAAUUUGUUUGAGUUUAUAUAAAAUAGGCAUCGUAUGGAAAUGUACCU